AUGUCAUUUGACAGAUUGAUACGAUUUGAAGACGCGGAAGGCGUUGAGAGAUAUGGCAAUAUUGACAACAACGUUCCGGCAACGGAGCUGCUUGGAAAGACAGUGCAAGUAGUAUUGGGUACUUUGGAGUCUGGCUUCAACGUAUCUGAUGAUCAAGCCGUAGUCGGCAAACUAUUGUGUCCGCUGCCAAACACACCUCUCAUUAUCUGUGCUGGGGUCAAUUACAAGUCUCAUGCAAGCGAAACAAAGUUCCAACCGCCCAAGAAGCCUGUAAUUUUUGCUACCCCUCCCGACAGGCUUGCAGGACCGCUGGACGAUAUCAAGAUCCACCCAGACGCGCAGGAGCUACUUGAUUACGAGGGUGAACUAAGCGUUGUGAUCGCCAAAGAUGGAUUCGACAUCAGCGAAGACGAGGCGCUGGAUUACGUUCUUGGUUACACCGUAAGCAACGACGUGUCAGCGCGUAACCUUCACGCACUCGACGUCUCCGGAUAUCAAAUGGGCUACGCAAAGUCUUUUGACGGAUUCGGACCUAUUGGACCCAGCCUAGUGUCCCCUAAGCUGAUCCCCGACCCGCAAAAUCUGAAGCUCACGACCACUGUGAACGGCACCGUCCGUCAAAGCAGUGACACGUCUCAGAUGAUUUGGUCAUGCCGCCAGCUCAUCUCAUUCGUGUCUCGCGGUCGCACGCUGCGUCGAGGAACUAUCAUUAUGACCGGAACGCCGGAGGGCGUAGGAUGGCACACCAAUGGCUGCUUGAACGAUGGUGAUGUGGUUGAGGUCGAGAUCGAGAAGCUGGGUCAUAUCAAGAACAAGAUGAUCUUCCAAAAGAGCGACUAA